UUUUUUUUUCCCAGCGAGAUUAAGUAAGUCGCUAAAUUUCUGAAGAAUCCGUGUCAAGAGCCAAGGGUUAUCAGUCGGAUCCCAAAACAGUGUCCUGAUUGUGUCUUAAAAUACGACUCUCGACUCCUGGUUCCAUGAACAAACCGCAUGUUUUGCGACCAAUAAGAAUCCUAAAAGCGUCAUCAAGCUGCCAAUAUAAAUAAGCCUGUGAAUCUCCUAGAUUCAUUCAGUUCUGUAACGAAGUUCUGAUGUUUAGUGUUGACGUCUUUCUGCUGACUCUCUUUCCGAGACUUUAGACAUGGUAAACAAAUAAAAUGUAUCAAUAUGGCACUUUGAAAUGGUUCUUAUUGGCGGUCUUUGUCGUUCACUUAAUUAAAAUUGAAAUCGCCGAAGGCCAUGGAAGGCUUAUGGAUCCACCAGCAAGGAACUCUAUGUGGAGAUUUGGUUUUCCCAAUCCUGUGAAUUACAAUGACAAUGAAUUAUAUUGCGGAGGAUAUACUGUGCAGUGGGAACAAAAUGAUGGAAAAUGUGGAAUUUGCGGCGAUGCUUUCCAUCUGAAAGAACCAAGACCUCACGAAGCUGGUGGUUUAUUUGCAAAAGGAAUUGUAUCACGUCAUUAUAGUGUUGGUCAAACAAUCGACAUAGAAGUGGAACUCACUACCAACCAUUACGGAAGAUUCGAAAUCUAUUUGUGCCCAAACAACAAUCACAAGCAAGAAGCUUCAUAUGAAUGUUUCGAACGAUUUCCCCUUUACCUAACUGGUACCAAAGACGUUUCCUUCCAAAUUCCUGAAGAUGAAGCUAAAAAAGCUGUGUUUAGAUAUCAAGUUCAAUUACCACCAUACGUAACUUGUACCCAAUGUGUUUUGCGAUGGAUUUACUUUACAGGAAACCAAUGGGGAGUUUGCGACAAUGGUACCCAUGCUGUAGGCUGUGGAAAAUCAGAAACUUUUAUUAAUUGCGCUGAUAUUGCCAUUACUACUAACGUUGCAGGUUCGAUUCCUCCAUUGUUUGUUGGUCAAGACAAUCCUUACCUACUCUACUACCAGGAUCUAAGAUUUGCCUCACCUUACAACGUGUUCCCAUUAGUUGUAAGAGACCAAGUAUGUGUUUCUGAUAAACUGUACAGGAUUAUACCAGGAAUGGACGAUUGGUGUAUGACAAAUUGCUUGAAAUAUCCUCCAAAUUGUCCGUCCGAAGUUUGCAAAUGCCCUUCAACUUGCGAAGCUAUAGGGAAAUACAAAGGAAUAAGAGAUGCAGACGUUUACUGUAUGGAUCAAUGCUUGAUGUAUCCGGCUAAACAUUGUCGUAGGGAUGAAUGUUCUUGCCACGAAGAAAACAAUUCGCUAGAACAAUUUGACUUUUAAUUAGUUUAGUUUUCAAUUCAAAUUUUAAUAAAACAAUGAACUAAAGGAGAAAGAUUUUGGGCAACUAAUUAUAAAUAUUUAUAGGCAGUAUUUUCGCUUUGUUUGUGAAUCAUUGGCAUUUCGUACCUUGUAAAACCAGUUGUCAGGUCGAUGAUACUUGCCCACUUUUUUCUUCAACGUAGGCCAAGUUAUUGAAUAAAAUUCAAUUUUUGCAUUA